AGUGAAGAUUGGGACAAGAAAGGUGCUGCACAAAUGGUUAAAAGAGAAACAGAUGAGUUGACAGGUGAAACAGAGGAGAUUAUCAUAAGAAGAAGUGUCAAAGAUUUCAAAUUUGGAAAGACAUUAGGGGUUGGUUCUUAUUCUACUGUCCUGUUAGCAACUGAUAAAAACACUGGAAGAAAUUUUGCAGUCAAAGUGUUAGAUAAACGUCAUAUUAUUCGUGAAAAGAAGGUGAAAUAUGUCAAUAUAGAGAAGAAUACAUUGAACAGAUUAGGUAAAAGGGAUGGUAUUAUUCAUUUAUUCUUCACAUUUCAAGAUGAAUCAAGUCUUUACUUUGUGUUAGAUUAUGCAUCCAAUGGUGAGCUAUUGAAUUUGAUUAAACAAUAUGGAUCAUUGAAUGAAGAAACAACAAGAUACUAUGGUGCCCAAAUAUUAGAUGCUAUCAAGUACAUGCAUGAUAAUGGUGUUGUUCACAGGGAUUUGAAGCCUGAGAAUAUAUUGCUAGAUGAUCGUAAAAGAGUUCAAAUAACAGAUUUUGGUACUGCUAAAUUACUAGAGAAGAAUGAUGCUGGUCGUUAUCCUUCUGAUACCAAGGCAAAAUCAUUUGUUGGUACUGCUGAGUAUGUUUCACCUGAAUUGUUGAAUGAAAAAGCUAUAGGCAAACCUUGUGACAUAUGGGCAUUUGGUUGUAUUUUGUAUCAAAUGAUUGCAGGUAAACCUCCUUUCAAGGCCACCAAUGAGUAUUUGACUUUCCAGAAAAUUGUCAAAUUACAAUUUGCAUUUACAGCCGGAUUUCCAAUGAGCUGCAGAGAUUUGAUUAAAAAAAUUCUUGUGUUGAACCCAAAAGAUAGAUACACCAUCAAAGAAAUUCAACAGCAUCAUUUUUUCCAAUCUAUU